CCUUUUACGUCUACUACGAUCAAAAACGAACUUCCUUUGUAAACAAAAAAUAUCAUGUGGGGGAAAAUCAUCACUUUUAAAUGUUUGUUACUCUAAUCUAACAUAAAUUUGGCAUAACUGAUCAUCAGUUUUUCAUAUCUGAGAGGUUGUUUUUAUUGAACAGUUAAAAUGAAUGAACUUCAGAAAUUAGAAUAUUUAUCUUUGGUGUCAAAAGUGUGCACUGAGCUUGACAAUCACUUAGGUCUAAAUGACAAAGAUCUUGCUGAGUUUGUGAUUUCUUUGGCUGAGAAAAAUGACACAUUUGAAAAAUAUAAGAAAGUGUUGGAUGAAAAUGGUGCAGAAUUUUCAGAUUCUUUGGUGGCCAACUUGUUACGACUUAUAAAUAGAAUGAAGCCCAAGCCACCAGAUGCAGAAAAGAAAAGCAGUGACACAAUAGAGGGUAUUCCUCAAACCGAUAAAGAUCUUCAGAAGAAAUUAUUUCCAGGUUUAGCCAUUCCCAACAAUCCCAAUGUCUUAAAUAUGUUAAAUGAUGAAGAAAUAAAAGUAGAGGCAACUGAAGAUAAAGCUGUUGCAGAUAAUAUGUUGGGAGAACUUGAAGCUUUGAUGAAUAAACCUAUUCCUGAUAAAAGAGUUGAAAAAGAUAGAGAAAGAAGAAGAGACAGAAGCAAAAGUAGAGAACGAGAUAAAAAGAAAAAAAAGAAAAAGUCUAGAAGUAGAUCUCGUGAAAGGAAUCGUAACAGAAGUAGGUCACCAUACAAGAAACAUCAAAGAAACAGGUCAGACAGCCGUGAAAGGAAACGCCACAGAGAUAGAUCAGACAGCCGUGAUAGGAAACGCCAGAGGGAUAGAUCAGAUAGUCCUGACAGGAAGUAUAGAAGAAGGUCAAGGUCAAGAAGUAGAGACAGAACUAAAGAUAGAAAAGACAGAAAAAUGAAACAUGAAGAGUUACCUCUGGAACCAGUUGCUGGAAUGAUAUUUGAUGGAAGAGUGACUACACUGAUGCAGUUUGGAUGUUUUGUUCAAUUAGAAGGACUAAGAAAGCGGGUUGAGGGACUUGUACAUAUUUCACAGUUAAGAAGAGAAGGCAGAGUAUCCCAGGUCAGUGAUGUAGUAUCUAAAGGUCAAAAAGUCAAGAUUAAAGUCUUGUCUUACACUGGGAAUAAAACUAGUCUUUCUAUGAAGGAUGUAGAUCAAGAGACUGGAGAAGAUACUAACCCCAGUCAGACAAGGUCCUUAACAGGAGGAGAGGUCAGAGAUGAAACAGAGGCUCGUAAUCCUGAUCGUCCAACAGUACAGGCAUUACUUGACAUGCCUGACCUUGAUGAGGUCAAAGAUGUGAAAAAAGGUCGUAGAAUGACAUCACCUGAGAGAUGGGAGAUUAAUCGUAUGAUAGCAGCCAAUGUGAUAGACAAAUCGGAAUAUCCAGACUUUGACGAAGAGACAGGAUUAUUACCAAAAGAAGAUGAUUCAGAUGAAGAUGUGGAAAUAGAAAUGGUUGAAGAAGAGGCUCCAUUUUUAACAGGAGUUGGAGGUAGAGGAGGAUUAGAUCUUAGUCCUGUAAAGAUUGUUAAGAAUCCUGAUGGUUCAUUAUCACAAGCUGCUAUGAUGCAGAAUGCCUUACAGAAAGAAAGACGUGAAGUCAAACAGAUUCAAAGAGAGGCUGAGAUGGAGGUUCCAGCAGGGUUAAAUAAUAACUGGACAGAUCCUAUGCCAGACAGUAGUAGACAGCUGGCAGCAAAUAUCAGAGGUGUUGGAAUGACCCCACAAGACCUCCCUGAAUGGAAGAAACAUAUUGCUGGAGGAAAGAAGGCAUCAUAUGGAAAGAAAGAGAAGAAAUCAUUGUUAGAACAAAGACAAAGUUUACCUAUAUAUAAACUAAAAGAUGAACUGUUGAAGGCAGUAAAUGAUAAUCAGGUAUUGAUUGUAAUUGGUGAGACAGGAUCAGGAAAAACUACUCAGAUUACACAAUAUCUAGCUGAGGCAGGAUACACAACAAAAGGCAAGAUUGGAUGUACACAGCCUCGUCGUGUGGCAGCCAUGUCUGUUGCUAAGAGAGUAUCAGAAGAAUUUGGUUGCAGGCUCGGUCAAGAGGUAGGUUAUACCAUCCGUUUUGAGGACUGUACAAGCCCAGAGACAAAGAUCAAAUACAUGACAGAUGGUAUGAUGUUAAGAGAAUGUCUGAUUGACCCAGAUUUGUCUCAGUAUGCCAUUAUUAUGUUAGACGAGGCUCAUGAGAGGACCAUUCAUACAGAUGUCCUGUUUGGACUAUUGAAGGAAGCUGUGAAGAAAAGGACUGGCAUGAAAUUGAUUGUAACAUCAGCCACACUUGAUGCUGUUAAAUUUUCAUCUUACUUUUUUGAAGCUCCUAUUUUUACCAUACCUGGUAGAACUUAUCCUGUAGAAGUGUUGUACACUAAAGAGGCAGAAACAGAUUAUUUAGAUGCAUCCUUGAUCACAGUGAUGCAGAUUCACCUAAUGGAGCCCCCAGGAGAUGUCUUAUUGUUCUUGACUGGUCAGGAAGAAAUUGAUACAGCCUGUGAAAUAUUAUAUGAGAGAAUGAAAGCGCUUGGUCCAGAGGUACCUGACCUGAUUAUUUUACCUGUGUAUAGUGCACUGCCAAGUGAAAUGCAAACAAGGAUUUUUGAACCUGCACCACCUGGAUCCAGAAAGGUUGUUAUAGCAACUAACAUUGCUGAGACAUCCCUGACCAUUGAUGGUAUCUUAUAUGUAGUAGACCCUGGAUUUGUAAAACAGAAAGUAUAUAAUUCUAAAACUGGAAUGGAUCAGCUGAUUGUAACACCUAUUUCACAGGCUCAGGCAAAGCAGAGAGCAGGUCGAGCGGGAAGGACUGGCCCAGGUAAAUGUUACAGACUGUAUACAGAGAGGGCCUACAGAGAUGAAAUGUUGCCCACCAAUGUGCCUGAGAUACAGAGAACUAAUUUGGCCAGUACUGUGCUCUCACUGAAGGCUAUGGGGAUCAAUGAUCUUUUAUCAUUUGAUUUUAUGGAUGCUCCACCCAUGCAGACCCUCAUCUCUGCCAUGGAACAGUUGCAUGCUCUCAGUGCUCUGGAUGAUGAAGGAUUACUUACAAGACUUGGCAGAAGGAUGGCAGAGUUUCCAUUGGAGCCCAUGUUGUCUAAGAUGUUAAUCAUGUCAGUACAUUUAGCCUGCAGUGAUGAGAUUCUGACAAUUGUAUCUAUGUUGUCUGUACAGAAUGUUUUCUACAGACCUAAGGAUAAACAAGCCAUAGCUGACCAGAAGAAAGCUAAAUUCCAUCAGACAGAAGGAGACCAUUUAACAUUACUAGCUGUGUAUAACUCAUGGAGAAACAAUAAAUUCUCUAGUCCAUGGUGUUAUGAGAACUUUGUGCAGAUAAGAACAUUAAAAAGAGCUCAAGAUGUCAGAAAGCAGAUGUUGGGUAUUAUGGACAGACAUAAGCUUGAUGUAGUAAGUUGUGGUAAGAACACAGCCAGGGUACAAAAGGCUAUAUGCAGUGGUUUCUUUAGGAAUGCUGCCAAAAAGGAUCCCCAGGAGGGCUACAGAACAUUGGUGGAUAGUCAAGUUGUUUAUAUACACCCUUCUAGUGCUUUAUUUAACAGACAGCCUGAUUGGGUAGUGUAUCAUGAGCUUGUGUUGACAACCAAGGAAUACAUGAGAGAAGUAACCACUAUAGAUCCUAAAUGGCUAGUGGAGUUUGCACCCAAGUUCUUCCGUCAUAGUGAUCCAACCAAACUCAGCAAACAGAAGAAACAACAGAAGAUUGAACCACUUUAUAACAAAUAUGAAGAUCCUAACUCAUGGCGAAUCUCUAGGGCUUUUAAGAAAGUUCACACUAAAGUUACUUUUUAAGUUCAUCAGUCAGAGUUCAUUAUUCAUUUGUUUUUAAGCUGUAUCUUGUAUAAAAAGAAGCAGAACAGUCUGGAUUAUAUGUAUUAAAAAGUUCAAGCAAAAGAUUAAUAACAUAAACAUGUAGAGACAAUCUGUGCAAGUAUGAAAACUACAAACAUGGUAAAAAAAAAGGUGGGAUGAGUCUUUUUGUAACAUUGAAUUAAAUAUCAAAUUCUGGUUUUAAGAUAUAUCAUGAUUCAAAAGUUCAAAUUAUAGUCUGUUGAUACAUUUAUCAUUAGCUUAUUUGUUACAUGAAGUGAAGAUGAUCAUGAAUUUUUAAUGUAGAAAGAAUGCUUAAUGUUUUACUUAUCAAAUAUUUAUUGAUAUUUAAGUCCUAUGUCAUUUCAGAAUAAAACUUGAAACAU